AUGGCCAGCACAGGCCCGGUCGCUGCUGCCGCCAAGGCGGCCGCCGCUCCCGAGCUCAAGAAGCGCAAGGCCCCCACCUCGGCUUCUGCCGCCUCGGCCGCCGCCGGCAAGGUCGCCAAGAAGCCCGCCUCGGCCGCCGCCAACAAGGUGGUCAACCGCCAGAGCGCCCCCCCGAAGGCCGCCAAGAAGUCGGCCCCUGUGAAGAAGGCCCUGGCCGCGGCCAAGGCUCUCGGCGAUGCGGUCGAGUCCGAGGAGGAGGCUGAUGACGCCGCCAACCCCGCCUUCAUCUCCCUUGGCUCGGAUGAUGAGGAGCCCGCCUCCAUGGGCGAGGGCUCCGACUCGGACGAUGAGGACGACGAGCCGGCCCCUGCCUUCGUUGAUGAUGACGACUCCGGUAGCGAGGCCGAGGAGGAGGCCGACGGCGCGACCGACAGCAAGACUCGCUUCGACAUGGACUUCGAGAUGGGUGUCGGUGAUGAUGCUGAGUCGCGCGCGCGCGCCGAGAAGCUGGCCCUCCUGCGGUCGCGCAUCAACGAGAUGCUGGACACUCGCGCCAAGAAGGAUGGCGCCAAGGAGGGCGACGCCCAGGCCACCGGCGCCACUGUCCGCCCGGACCGCGGUGUCGUCUACCUGUCUCGCAUCCCGCAUGGCUUCUAUGAGCCCCAGAUGUUCGGCUUUUUCUCCCAGUUUGGCACUGUCACUCGCAUCCGUCUGUCGCGGAAUCCCCGCACUGGCAAGUCCCGCCACUACGCCUGGAUUGAGUUCGAGGUUCCCGAGGUUGCUCGCAUUGUGGCCGAUUCCAUGCAUUUCUACCUGCUCGGUGGUCGUCUGCUCCGUGCCUUCUUCGUGGAGAAGGAGAAGCUCCACCGGAACACCUUCCGCGGCGCUGUCCGCUCGGCCGAGGCGGUCAAGCUUCGCCGUGGCGGUGCCUCCUCUCUGAUCGCCCCCCGCCGCAAGGAUUCCAUCAACCAGCGCAAGGCCGAUGCCGAGGUGGCUGUCUCGUCGGCCGAGGCCCGCCAGCGCCGUCUGGACCGCGUGGUUGAGCGCGAGAACAAGCGCCUGGCCAAGCUUGCCGCUGCCGGGGUUGACUUCACCUUCAGCGCUCUGGAUACUUUCAAGACCCAGACUGCCUCGCGCACCACCUUCGACGAGUAAAUACCGCCUGCUUUGGGCUCCGUUGGUCCCUUCCUCCUCAGGCAGGGCCACCUCUCCCCUUGGCCGGCAUGCCCGGUGUGUUCCCCCUUGUCCCCUUUCUCCGAUAAUAGAGUUGUUGUAUAGUUUCACAA